AUGCCUCAAACCAGCAUCCACCCCCAGUCAAAUGCCGUGCCAAUCUGGGAAACGGCAUACCAUGACGCAUGGCACCAUUAUCAAACCAUAUUCGAUGAGACGCUCGCGAUAUUGCACCAGGCUGAUGCCUCCUUCAAAGAGCGCGAUUUAGUUAUCGGAAAACUAGGUCAGCUGACACUCCAAGUUCACAAGGCCCAAAAGGCAGGAUUGACCAUGUACAAAAAGGUUCCCGGCUGCAAGACAGUUUGUAAUCACCCCGCUGAUUACUUUACUUCUGGCUUCCCUCGACGCUGCCUGGGGCUUCUCCAGACCUUGCAUCUUCUGACACAGGGAUUGAUGGGUAAAUUACACAAUCAAGACCGAAUCCCUGAUAACGUGUCUGUCUUGGACACACUGAUGACCCUUUGGGGACCCCGGUUCCCGAAGACACGAGAGUUUCCUUUUAUUUCUUCUAUUCUCUUUUUCCUAGUCUUUAGUCAGACAAUACAACUACAAUGGCCUUUCUACGAUUUUACUCUUACGAUACCCUGA